UGAAACUUUGGCGCCACAGACUUUUAAACAUCUGGAGGAAACAGCGAAAAGACCAUCAAGAAGAUGACUCCAAACAUCAAAAUAGUCCUCUCGUUUUCACGGAAACGUAACGUUAAUUAACGCUGUUGUAGUAGUCAGUAACCUCCCGGUUGUAACGUUAGUUAACGCUGUUGUAGUAGACGAUGUAACGUUAGCUAACAGCCUCCCGUUGUUGUCAGAUAACUAACAGAUACCGCUAAUAAACAACUCGUUUACCGCUGAGCAGACUCACAUAAAUACAUAAAUACAUACACCUGUCCGGACUUUAAUCAGCCGCCAUGAACAGGACCAAGCUGAAGAAAACCAGGGCACCAGAAGGCCACAAGAAUAUCUCGUCCUUCUUUUCCUCUCAAAACCACCAGAGGGACUUGUCACCUUCCACAAAAUUGUUUGUCACUGGCAACGCGCACGCCAAGACUGAACCUCAGAUCAAAGAUGGUGAAACCUCUAGAUUCAGACCCCAUUCCCCCUUAAAGAGGAGUAUCCUUGGGGACCUUGAAAACCUCCUGCCCUCCUCACCAGAUCUUCUCCUUUCUGUUCCCGAGACACCCAUGAGUCAGAUUAGGCUUGCUUCCUCUUCUUCGUCCAAAGAUUCAGGUCAACUGAGCCCCAGGCCCAGCAGAGAGGUGUGGAGCUUGGAGAAGCUCUGCCAACUGUCCCCCAUCUGUCGCAGUCCCCGAUCCAAAGGGCAGAGUGUACGGAGAGUGAUGAGUGAAAAUGAAGGAAAAACCAAGAGGGAAGAGGGAGGUUUUGGCUCCACAAAAAGACUCUUCAGCCCUCCUCAAGAGCUCCACAUUGCCAAGAGACCAAGAACUGCCAAUCCACCAGCACAAAGAGCUGUGCUCAGCCCCACAGCUAGCAACGUGAAAAUAACAAGGCCUGUGAUUGGGCCUGGGAAGACACCUCACUUCUCCAGUCACCAGUCAGGAGGUCACAGCAGAGCUUCUAAAGUGAUCUUUGAUGACAGCACAAACAAAAUGAUGUCACUGAAGUCUGCUUCUUGCCAAUCUUUUGGGGAACAGAGAAAACAUCAGGAAGAGAGAGAUGGAAACAAGAAGGAUUCUGUUUUUACUGUGGUAACAGAACAGAAGGCAACUGGGGCGAAAGCCAGUGGACACUCACACACUCGUCUGGAUAAGGAUGCUCCCACUCUUACUGCUCACAUGCAGAAACCUAGUGCACAAACUAUCACGACUGUGGCACAGAGAAGUGAAAAGGAGGGAGAGGUUGACCUUAACAAGAAAGAAGCUACAAGAAAUGCAGUGACCUCAUCAAAAGGAGACGGAGACAACGUGACAUCAUCAGACCAGGGACAAGCUGGAGGAAUGACGUUGCCGUUUCCUGUGGACGACGAGCUGGACGAGAGCUGGUUUGCAGAGCAGAUGGAUCAUAAUGAAGGUCUUAUUAAAGGGGAUAAACCCAAAAAACCCUGUAAGGUGCCAGACCACGUGAUCCUUUCUGGAGGCCUAAACAACCGCUACUGGGUUUUAGAAGUCGAGGAAAGGCCUGGCCACAAAACACUGACCAUCUCAUGCUCCAAAUCUCUACACCCAACUGAGACGUGUCUGCUGAAAGAUGGAUGGGAGAUGACUCCUGUUUGUUGUGGCGAUGUGGUGCAUCUGGAGGGCCGCUCUGAUAGUGGAGCCUGGUUAGUGGACAGGGAGCAGGGCUUCCUGGUUUUACUACCCGAUAGCCUCAUCUCAGGUACCAGCAUCUCGAGCUCCAUCCGCUGCAUGCGGCGUGCUGUACUGGGAGAUAUGUUCAAGAGUUUUGACGGUGGCUCCAAGCAAAUGCUCAACGGCACCAUGGUCCAUGAAGUCUUCCAGAGAGCAGCUACAGCUAAAGAUUUUUCUUUGGAGACAUUGUCUAAACUGGCUGACCAGGCCCUGCACAGUCCUCAGUACCUGGGAGACAUGUACACUUUGGGUGUAAGCCAGGAAGAGAUGAAGCAGGAACUGCAUGAUUAUCUGCCCUCACUGGAGCAUUGGGCAAAGGAAUAUCUCAGCACCCCAACACCAAAAGCCAUCAGCCUCAAAAUUGAGAAGAAUGGGAGCUGUGUGGGGAAUGUGCAGCUCAGCGGCCCAGUGACCGUACAGUCCGAAGGGGUUUUCCUCCAUAGUUUCCAGCGAAGCAGUGCAGUGCCACAGAAGGGUUUGGCCAACAGUGGUUUGGCCAGAGGGGAUCGCAUCGUCGUUAGCGACCAGGAAGGUCGUCUGGUUGGUUUGGCAACAGGAUACCUGUGUGAGGUCAGCAGGACGUGUGUAAGUUGCACCCUGGACAGAGACCUGUCUAAGUUCAGGGGUGUGUUGUUUCGAUUGGAUGGAGAUGAAGGUGUGGUGGGCCUCAGCACUCACCUCACCAAUCUGUCCAGACUGAUGGAAAACGGUCAGGACAGUGAUCGUCUGAGGGAGCUGGUUGUUGACCUUCGUCCUCCAGAGUUUAUUUCCAACCUCAGUUCUGUUCUGCCAAGAGAGGCCAAGGACACUGUGGCCAACAUCCUUAAAGGUCUCAACAAACCCCAGAAGCAGGCCAUGAAGAAGGUGUUGUUAUCUAAAGACUACACACUGAUUGUUGGCAUGCCAGGCACAGGCAAAACCACAACCAUCUGCACCCUGGUUCGCAUCCUUCACGCAUGUGGGUUCAGUGUGCUCCUGACCAGCUACACCCACUCUGCUGUUGACAACAUCCUGCUGAAGCUAAAGCGUUUCCGGGUUGGGUUUCUGCGUCUUGGGCAGGGGCAGAAGGUUCAUCCCGACAUCCUGCCCUACACAGAGGAAAGUAUAAGGAAGAAGGGAGUUCACACUCUGUCAGACUUGGAGCAGCUUUACAACAAGGAGCUGGUAGUGGCAACCACCUGUAUGGGCAUCAAACAUCCCAUAUUCACACGUCGCCGGUUUGAUUUCUGUAUCGUGGAUGAAGCUUCACAGAUCAGCCAGCCGAUCUGUAUGGGACCCCUGUUCUAUGCCAAGAGAUUUGUGCUGGUGGGGGAUCACCAACAACUGCCACCAAUAGUACAAAAUCAGGAAGCUAGGUCACUUGGGAUGGACGAAAGUCUAUUUAAGCGACUGGAGCUGCAUAGUGAAGCAGUGGUCCAACUCAAUGUACAGUACCGGAUGAAUAGGCAAAUAAUGUCUCUCAGUAACUCUCUGAUGUACGAGGGCCGGCUGGAGUGUGGAUCAGAGAGGACAGCCACAGCCCUGCUCACCCUGCCCUUCCUGGCUUCUGUCCAGUCGGAGCUGAGCUCCUACUCGAAGACUGAUCCCCAGCACGACCUGGCUUGGAUACAGGCCACAUUGUUGCCUAGCAACCCUGUUUGCUUCCUCGAUUGCUCAAUGGUACCAGCGCUGGAGUCUGUGGAGCAGGGAGGUGUAAGCAAUCACACCGAGGCUGCUCUCAUACACAAGCUGCUUUCACUGCUGAUAAAGGCGGGUUGUAAGCCUAGUGAUAUAGGUGUUAUCGCCCCCUACAGACAGCAGUUAAAGAGUAUCUCUGCUCUGCUGCAGUCCUCUGCGUUUACCGGUGUGGAGGUGAACACAGUGGACAGAUACCAAGGACGCGACAAAAGUCUGAUAGUUUUUUCUUUUGUCAAGAGCACUGCAGAGGAAGGAAACUUAGGAGAGCUGUUGAAGGACUGGCGUCGCCUGAAUGUAGCCAUUACCAGGGCUAAACACAAGCUGCUGAUGGUGGGCUCCGUCACAACGCUACGACGCUAUGCGCCUGUGGAGAAACUACUCAACCAUCUCCAGCAGGAGAACAUGAUUAUCCAGCUCCCACCAGCUGCCCACAAGGCCUUACCAAGCGUUCCCCUGUUAUAGAAGACUAUGAAGCCAUGGUGGUGUUUCAGGUCUGAUUCACCGUGGAACAGCCGCUGACUGUGGAGCACCUCAGCAAGGCAGAGAUUGACUGCCAGUCUGCAAAAGCACUGAAUGAUAUGUCUGGCUGGAUCAGGGACUAGAGAUGCACAUUACACUAAUCAACACAUUAGAACUGACACUUGAAGGCACUCAAGGGGACACUGCCUCUGAUCUGUACGACACUGGUUGAACAUUGUAUGUUUUAUAAUAGAAUAAUUUAAAAUGUCUUAUUAUACAAAGCACUCAAAAACAGGUGCCUUUGUAGUAUAGAAUUUAAAUAUUGAAACACAUGCACCAUUUAGCCUCUUGUGAUUAAUAGAUGGCCAGUUUGGGCUCUAACACUUCAUAUUUAAGUGAAGAGGAGUGGCAAGACCUUAUAAAGUUAAUCUCCAGACUGAACCUCAACAAGUUUUGUAAGCUAGAGACCCUUAGGCCACAGCUGUAAUUGUUAAUGUUGAACCAUUUUAAAUGCAUCACACACCAGUUUUAAAUCUAUCAAUAGUUAACGUCUGCUGUGAAACAAGGUACUGAGACACUGAACAAAUAAAAUAGUUGUAGACAAUGGCGGAUUAUGAUACUGAGCAUCAAACCUCAAAUAGGACUAUUCAUAAACUCAUACUUUUGAUCAAAUACCUCACUGAUACACUGUAACAAUAGUUAGAUUGACUUUUGGUACUUUCAUUCAGCAUUUACACACACAACCAAAAAUCAUUAGUAAUGUGAAUAUAGAGUUAUUUAUAGUUUCAUG